AUGGCUUCGAAAGUAUCUUGUUCUCGCUUGGACCGCUUGGUGUGUGACGGGUGAUACCGUGAGAACAUUUUGAAUGCAAAAACGGCAAUUCAAAAGAGAAAUUUAGUCGGCAAAAUAACUAAAAUGGUCCGUCGCAUCAGCAAGUGAGUUAAAUGAUAAUUAAUAAAAUUAUGAUUUUGGAGCAGUCAGUCGCUCCCUUCUCUAUAUUCUUUAUAUAUUUCCUUCCUCGCUCUAAAGUACGCUGAGCGACUUGGCCGAGUCCACAAAAAAUAAAAUACAUCUGGCUGUAUAACAUUCAAUUACGCUUUCCCUUUGCAGAGCGUUAGAGAUAACGGUGAAAAGCCCGGGGGGGACUCCGCAUAUGAAAGGGGUUGGGAUGCUUGUCGGAAAUUUUUUCAUUAGACACCUAUAGGAGACAAAUCCGGGCGUAGCCUGCGUAGCAUGGCGGUUUUGUCGAGCCGUUCGCACGAGCGGCGAAGCCGCAAGUAAAAUAAAAACCGCCCCUAUCUCCUCGCGGUUUCUCUACCCUCGCCAGCCUUUAUUACUUAGCGCGCCCAACCAAAACCGCCAUGCUACGCAGGCUAAUCCGGGCGUGGCCCAAGCUUUUUUUGACCCCUAAAAGAGACCAUGUUAAGACACAGACAAUCACCCUAAGUGAGACCAAAAUCCGAAAUUGACACCCCUAAGCGAGACGACGAGCAUCCCCACCCCUUUCAUAUGCGGAGUCACCCCCGCCCCCCCUCCCGGGGUGAAAAGUAAUUCUCCUGCCUUCCCAAUAGCCUUCAAAAGGGAAGCAACAACAUUUCUAGGAGAACAAAGGGAAGAUAAAUCCUCUUACAGUCGUAGUCAAGGAGAGUCAAGCCGCUCAUCGAACUGUUAUGACCCACGAAAUGAAAUUUAAGCCGUUUAUUAUUUACUUUUUCCAAAUUUUAAAAAAAAUUCUUGUUUAUUCUAGGCUUUUUCCGUAUUCUAACAACUGCGUUUGCGUUUCCAACCUCAGCGUACUCAUCAAUAGCGUUUUGGGGUUUUGGGGUAUUUGGAAAGCCGUAGAUAAGAAUGACCUCAACCAGGUUGGCGUCCAGCGGUUUUAGUGAAAAACAUGGUUUAGGUUGGGGUUCUCAGUCUCGCGGGCUCAUAAAACCUGGUGUCUCGGUCAUUGUUAUUUUAGCUGUUCCGCCAUAUUAAAUUCAAUACGCAAGCGCAUUUGUUUCAUGUAAAGGUCACCGAAACCUAAUGACCUACUUUAUGGGAAACGAGUUUCUAGUUGGCAGAUAUAGGUUGAAACAAUUUUAGAUUUUCUUGAAUAGUUAAUUUGAUUAGAUAAAACCAAACAGAAUUUUUGCUAUAUUGAAUAUGUGGGGUGGUUCAAGAAGCAUCUGCCUUUGAAUUGGCCACCACAUCAAAAACGGUCAAUUUAUCUUGAAUGUAUAAAUCAUUGAUUAAACUCAAUUGAUGAACUUCAUGCAUUGGGACCUUAAAUAGGGUACCAACAUUGGGCUGAUUUAUGGGUUGGGGGAAACAGUUGUUGCAACAUUCCGUGCAGAAAUAUAUACGCGCGCGAUUGACUGAGUGAGUGGCUCGCGUCGUAAGAGAAUGGCGGCGACGUUUUGUUCAGUGGUUAAAAAAUUAAAUUACGCGCAAUGUUUCGUAAGAAAGAAAUGCAAUGAAAAUUUUUGCGCCUAAUGUUUUUGCUGCAAGGUAAUCGUACAAUGAAAACUGUUAAGUAUGUUAAGCACAGUGUUGCAAAAGGUGGGAAAUCGAUUAUUUGUUGCGCACAAUAUUGCAGAAGGUAGAGACUCUUUACAACUUGCUGCGUAAAAUGUUGCUGUGAAGAGGUAGCGACUCGAUAAAAAUGGUGUAUUACAAUGAACAGAGGGUAAAUAGACGAUGAAAUUUUGUGUACAAUGUUGCUGAAGGCUGAGACUCCAUGAAGUUUACUGCUCAAGGUAGACACAGAAGGUAGUCACACGAUUUAAUUUGCUGUGCGCAAGUUGCAAAAGGAAGAAACAUGCAGAAAUUUGUUGCGCACAAUGUUGCAGAAAGUAGAUACACGGUGAAAUUUGUUGUUGUUGCUGCGCAUAAUGUUUCAAAGAGGAGACACCAUAUUUAAUUUGUUGCGCACAAUGUUGCAGAAGAUAGAGACUCAAUGAAAUUUACUACUCAAAAUGUUGCAGAAAAAAUUGGUUGCGCAAAAUGCUGGAGAAGAUAGACACUGAAUGAAAUUUGCUCUGCAAAAUGUUGCAGAAGGGAGGCAGUUGGUAUCAUCUGCUGCGCACAACGUUGCAAUUGGAAGAAACUUGAUGAAAUUUGUUGCGCACAAUGUUGAAGAAAGUAGAUACUAGGUGAAAUUUGUUGUGCACAAUGUUGCAGAAACUGGACUCACGAUUAAAUUUGUUGAGCAAAUUAAUGCAAAAGAUAGGUUUACUGCGCACAAUGUUUCAAAACGUAGGCACCCUAUUAAUUGUUAAAUUUUUUGUGCACCAUGUUUGCAGAAGGUCGAAGUACGAUACAAUUAGCUUCGCACAAUUUCGCAGAAAGUACAUUGGAACCUCUCCUAUUCAGUGACACCUCUAUUCAGGGAACACCUCCAUUCAGGGCACACAAAAUUUGGUCCUGAAAAAACCCUCACAUGUUACCUCUAUUGAAGGGGCACUUCUAUUCAGAGGAAAGAGACACUUUUUCUGAGUUCUGAAACCCGGGUUCAACCUCCAUUCAGGGGACACGUGCACCUAAACACUCAAAAAGUUAGUGACCACAAAAACAAUUGAUAAGUUUUGAAUGUUCUCUAGUAAAAAUGGCGACAGCUUUCAUCGUCUAGAAAUUUUAUUAAAAAAACUAUUUCACUUAAAGUCGGUUUACUGCACUUGUGGAAAAUCAACACACAACUUCGCAGAGAUAAGUCAAUCAUGAGUUUUUAUACAUUAUCUAGCUGCUUGAAAUAAUAACUGCUGCAGAUUUCGAGGAAGAAUGAAAGAAAAAUAGUAUAUUUGUUUAGUUAAUUAUUAACAUUCCCCAGACCAACCUCAUUUCAGUGGUCACGUUUUUUCAGGGGAAACUUACCUUGGUCCCGAAGUUCUACUGUAGACACACGAUGAAUAAAUUUGCUGAGCACAUUAUAGCGUAAGGUACCUACUUCUACUACUGUGGUAAGUAAACAUUCGCAUAUCGCUUUCGCAAGUGGAUUUAGAACAUCAGGCUGAAAGUGGACCAAUAAAGCACUAUGUCAGUAUCCGCCAGGAUAUUUAGCUUGUUUACUGUGUUGUUUGCUUAUGUCGUUGUUUUUUUGUUGUUGCUUUGUUGUUAGGGAUUUUUGUGGCCUGUUCCAGGCUCUGAGAUAGUUAAAAAUUGAAAAUAAAACAGCAGUAAACUGGGAAGAGGAAAUUUAAUCGAGUCUCUAUCGUCUCUAUAUCGUGUAUCUACAACUUUCUGCAACAUUCUGAGAAACAAGAAAACUAUAUAAAAACAUCAGGUUGCGGUCAUGGUCGCAGCCUUUUAUAGGGGGUGGUCUUUUAUACGAGAGCUUCUUGUUAUUACUAAUAGGACUUGAGAAAAUUUUGGUGUUUUGGAUAUAGGUUGUCGCACAUGGAGUUUCGACUGUAUUAGAAAGGGAAGAGAAUGAAUGUAAGGGAGCGGUUCUCGCACGCCCGAAGUCCCCUUGCCCUUCCCCUUCCCGAACGCCUCUCACUGUGGGAAUAGCUCUGGGACAAUUAGCCUGUGCACGUUUCUGAGGUGAGGGGUCUGUAAUCAGUCUAUAGGACGAUGUUACCUAACAACGCCUGUUGCACUGACCAUGGUGAAGGCAAAAUGCAAUUGUGAGACCCCGUGCAAUCUGCUGCAGUCAUUAUUUCAAGUUUCUAGAUAAUGCAUAAAAAGCAUGAUAUAAUUAUCUCUGCAAUGUUGUGUGGUGAAUUCCCACAAGUUUAGUACAUUGAUGUAACUGCAUAUGAGUGAGAUAGUUCAUGUUUUAAAAGCUGUAGCCAUUUUGACCAGUGAACAAUGAAACCUAUCAACCUUUUUGCUGUGAUCAGACACUUUUUGAGUGCUAAAGCACACUGUACAUCAGAAAGAUCUGUUUUAGCCCUAAAAGUGGGGCCGUUUCGGUGAGUAACUGAUACAGUCCUAUUUUCGAGUCUAAUUUUGGCUCCCUUAAAUCAGGGCCAAUACAGUCUAAUAAGCUAGGGCUGAUUUGGUCCUAAGGGCUGAAAUGGGCCCUGGCGUGGGCUAGAAUAGCCUUUUGAUUGAGAUUUUUUGGCCUAAAUUGUGAUUUAGGUAAGACAAAAUCUGCAUUUCUUAGGUAAUAUCUCUUGCUAUUAGUAUUCUCCUCGUUGAUAUUAAAUAUAUCCGCAAUUUGGUUCACUGUCAAUUUUUUUUACUUUAAACAUCAAAAUGAGUAUAUCCUGAAACGUCCUAUUUUGUAAAGUAGUUAACUUAGCUCUUUUCAGCAAGGUGUCAUAACUUUCGGUAGUAGUAUUAUACACUAAUCUUAAGGCUCUUUCUUGUAGACGCUCCAAUUUACGACUAUAAGAUGCCGUGCAAAAAUGCCACACUCGUUGGCAAUAGGUAAGGUGUAGCAUAAUAGCUGAUUUGUACAAAAGUAACUUGGCAUUUACUGGGAUAAGAUUUUUAAGCCUUCUUAAUAUUCCGAUCAUCCCGCCAACUUUGUACUUUGUGUAUGAAUGAUGUCAACGUCAGUUUGGAGUAUGGAGAUGAGUAUUAACCAAUUUCCCUUUCGUAAACGGUGGUUGCCAUUGCACUAUUGGUAACCAAGCCUUUAGUCACGAGGUAAAUGUAACAUAAUCCCUGCAUUAAGUUUCGGUAGCGCGAAAAAUACGUUUCUGAUCUGAAUAGUCUUAGAAAGAACAACAUUCCCAACUUCAUUGAGAGUGACUGAAGAGCCUUCCACAUGAAGACUUUUGAGUAACUGAACGCGUACUGUUAACAAGUGUAAAAUCGGGAAUCCGUUGUUGUUCCCGUUGAGAUCUCAGCGGCCCAAGUGGCCCAUACAUAUUUCUAUGAAUAUGCUGUGGUUCAAUUUUAUCAGCAGUUUAAAUUUUUGUGGCUUGGCUCCCAUUGCACAUAACAGGAGGAGUUGCGAACAAAUAAAGAAAAGGCCAAAACUCGUUUAUUGACAGGUCAGUUUACAUCACAUGCCGUUAUAAUUCUGAAUCCCGAGAUAACAAUCUGUGUGACAAAAGUAUACCUUGUAACUAAUCUUUAAACCUAGUACGUAAAAAAAAAACGGGAAAAAUAUCCCGUAAAAGGCUUCUUAAGCUGCUCUUACCGUUUAGGCCAUUACAGUGGACAGCAAGCAUCCGAUGUGCUAGAAUUUCUGUGAUUACGUACUGCACCGCUAGAUUGAGACGGAAUGAACAAAACAAACUGCAGAGAAAAAGGGUGCGGGAGUACAGCCUUGCUAAACAAACCGCUGACUGCACAGCGCUGCAGUGACAUAUUUUCCAUUGUUUCAAAGCCUAUCAUUAAACAAAGGAUAAUAAAAGAAGGAUAAAGUUACAACCUCGUUCCCAGGUUCUCUCUCCUACCCGUCUCUUCGUAGGGACGGGUAGGAGAGAACCCUGGGAACGAGCUUGGAUAAAAUUAAACCACUACAUACUCUAGCUCUAUAUACUAUAUACCAGAAACCCCUUAUGAGUUUCUGUAUAUACUAUAUAGAGGAUAUUACACGGUGGCGCGAAGAUAUAUAUAAAUUUUAUUUUCGAGUGGCAAAACAACAUUUUACGAAAGAGCGCAGCGAGUGAGUAUAAUAUUGUUUUUGCAACGAGAAAAUAAAAUUCAUAUCUUCAAGCCACCGUGUAAUGUUUUUUCAGUAUUAUAUAGACAAAAAGACAUAAAUAAAAUAAUAGAUUUUUAUUCGCCAAAAAAGUAACUGUGACGGCUCUGAUUUACAGGACAGCAAUAUAAGACAUUGGUUACGAUAAUCUUGAGAAAUAAUACUUAGCUGAAUAGGGCUCUACAAUGACAAAAUAUUAGCAAAACUUUGAAAAAUGUGUAAAAGACGCAAGACGCCUACAAAUUUCGAAGGAAAAUUACCGAAAUUACGUUAUCGAUAAACUCACGUGUGAGAUUAUGGAAAAUAAACCACUCGGGUCCCGGAUGUAGUUUUUAUGAAUUUUACGAGUGGUAUAUUUUCCAGUAAAACUCUCGUGUCUAUAUAAUAAAUAUUAGUAAAAUCCAACUAGUCGUCUAUUAUCAAUGCUACGUUAUGAUUGGACUGUUUGCAAAUUAUUUUUCUCCAAAAAUACUUAGCCUUUCCGUCAAUGUGCUCUAAAGUUAACUGAUUUGUGGAAUAUAAGUUUACAAUUUUUUGAUUUAAAUUAUAAAUUCGAGUUAGAAAGAGCUUCGCUUUUAGCCCUGGCUAAAUCUAUAGAGAUUUAUCCGCUAGAUAGCGCUAUCCACCUUUUGAUCUGAAAUUUUGCUGCCAUGACAACGUCACUGAACGACUUCUCCUGUCUACCCUACCCUGUUACGUACCCCAUCUAGUUUCUGUCGCUGACCAGACCGAUCGCAGUUUAAACGCAUGCGCCCUCGUUAAUGUCAGAGGGGUACUGCCUAAUUUCAUACCGCGCGGGGGCCUGGCACUACCGGAUUUUCCCGGACUUUUUAAAAAGUCCAGUUUCAAAAUGGCGGAUAGUCGGAGAAAACUCGAACGAAAGCAAUCUUUUUCGAAGAAGUAUUGAUCAAUAUUCCCUCGCAGAAUCUGUCUAAACUUAGUAAGAAAAGGAUGCAGUAUUUCUGCCAUGCCCUGAAGCUAAACUUAAGGAGCCAACACUCAGCAAGUGCAAGCAAUUGGUCGAUGAACAGGUCGCUCGGACCAAAAUAAGUUUUCUACAGCAAAGGACCCUCUGUUUGAUUCUACCCGCAUAUGAGAAGUAGAGGAUCAUUGCAGGAAAGAACACAGAUGUGAUUGUGCACGUACCGAUCGUAGCCUAAGUAUGCUGGAGCAAAACUUCAAAGGCCAGUACAGAAGGGCUUACCAGGAUUAUUCCCGUCGUGGAAAAGAGUAAUGUCUGUGAAAGGUACUGAGUGUAGUGAACUUUGUGGCCUUUUUGGUAUGUUUAACCUAGUGUUGUUCACAUGAAGGGAGAUAAGGGACUAGUCUAUACUCAGUGCAUGCUAGCCAAAAGGUAGAUGUACGUGACAUUCUUGGUUGUGAUUACAAGCUGAUUGCCCAAAUUACAGGAACUGUAAUGUUACCGGACGAGAAAUGCCUCUCAAGU